UAUGAAUCAUGGCAGGCGGUCGCGUGCGAACCCCUUCAUUAGCGGGCCUGUUUCCCCACGUCACGUGACGAAGGCAGAGCCUCCUGGCUCGUUGCUUGGCCGAGUAGUCAAGUCAGUCGCGACUAGAUCGCGCGUCAGGCAGGUGUUGGUGUUGGAGGAGGCUGUGAUCUUUGUGGUGCGUGGUCCAGCGAGCGGCGGUCGAGCUUUGGAGAGUCUGCAGGUGAUGAAAUAGAGUCACGACUCACAGAAACUCGAGUUGCUGGGGCGAAGGCCUCUAGACAGAAAGAUGUCGGCGGGAUCCCCCGGCGAGAUGAGCGGGUUCCUGGACGUCAAAGUUCCCGCAAGAGUCAGACGCAGGCGAGGACUGGCACCCUGGAAGGCGUGGAAGAAACAGUGGGUCACAGUGAGGAGCAACUCAGAUUGCGGAGUGCAGGUUCUACUUGGCGGUAGCUGUGUUCGAGUCCCACCCAAGUCCAUCCUUUGCAGAUCGGAGUCAAGGUCACGUCGAAUGAUGAGCGUGAACGGGGGAUUCCCCAUCUCGUUCAUCGAUAACGCCCACUCGCGAGUGGCUGGUCUCACUGGGUUGUACGGUAACCUGGUGGUGGGACCGCAUCGCCUUACUCUGCAUGACCCCAGCUCGGAACAACUCCUUUGCUCAUGGAAAUGGCAGCAGCUACACCAGUUCCACCUGGCGGCCACUGAAAUCAAGGACGAUGAACACAAGAUCUGCAUAAUUCACACGAGCAGCGAGUUCCCCGCUGGAGCAGGGCAGAUCCACGUGUUCUGUCCUCGAGCCGCUGAGCUGUUGGAUCGGCUGCUGACAAGUGGCAGAGUACGGAGACUCCUUUCGUCUCCGUUACCCUCCCCACCACCCCUACGCCGCGGCGCCCGGCGCCUGAGUCGCAGUGAGAGUGACUUGCACUGCUUCGCAUCUGGCGAAUGCAGCCCAAAGCAGAAACACCACUUUCUGAGGCACAAGGGGGUCCUGGAGAGGUCCCAUAGCAGCUCGAGGACAUCGGCCACUUCAGAUGAAUACGUGCAGGCCAUAGGUGGCAAGGUGGCCAGCAGUCUCAUCUCGGCAGGUCUCGGGCUCCUGUUCUCCACUCCGGCCUGCAGCGAGGCGGAUACAGAGUCCCUGCACGAGUAUCAAAAAGUGGGGAGCCUGGACAGUGACGAGUGCGACGAGGAGCUCAUAAGCGGCCGCCUGGAGCCCGGGGACAACUCUCUUCCUCUGCGGAGAGAGUCGGGCAUCUCCAUAGCGUCUGGCAUCUACGAGGAGAUUGCAGAUGGAGACGCGCACAACAACACCAACCACUAUGAGAAUCCUGCCACCUUGCACUGGGGUUGUCUCACUGAAGACAAGGGUGACUCACCCCCACCACUGCCACCAAGAAAGCAGACACACCACUUCCUUGACAGCAGCAUCCACGAGGCUGUGGGGAGAGAGUGGUGCUACAGGACACCUCCCACGUGGACCCCGCGCCUGCAACGUGAUCCUUGUCGUGGGCCCUCAGUAUCCUGUCCAACCCAUCGCUCUGCGUGGGGGGCUGACACACCACCCCAGCCCGAGCCCGACUACCUGCCCAUGUCUCCCAGUCCAGCGAGAUUAGUGGCCGAGGAGCAGCACUACACGGUCAUGGCGAGUGUCAACACUACAUGACGUCAAGCAACCGGCUGGUUAAAGCUACACGUCACUUUGACAACUCAUGACAUCCUGCCAUUGUGCAACAGAUACAUAAAAAUUCAUGACGCUCCACCGUAUCAUACUAUUAACAUGACGACACUCGAUCAAGAAGGAAAACCACGGAAAUUCUGCCCUGGCUAAACGAAUAUAUGUGGUAUUCAGGCAUGAAAUAUAAGAAGUUCAUGGGACAUACCAUGUGAAUGAAAGAAUGUGAUACCACAUAGAAAUGCAUGACGGCAUUCCAUCACGGGAAAUGAAAAGAAAUUCUUGGCAUUCCUCCAAAGUGAAAAUAUGUUACACUAGAUUGUGAAGUACUAUAAAUAUAGGUUAUGGCUUCAAAGCACCGUGAAAGGGCAUAUGCCCAUCAGUUACCACAGUUUUGGGUGAUCAUUCUGAGAGGUAUUGGUAGUACUUUUCCCCCAUGACAAAUAAACCAAUGAAAAGUGACGCUGUAUUGGAGAUGGAUUUUCUUUAGAAGUGAAUGGCAAGAAUGAAAUUGGGAGACUAGCGAAGUGAAUGGCUUCAAAAAUGAAAGUAUAUAAAGGACACAUGGUUUCUCCAUAGCAGCAAAUUGUGGCUGUCCCAGUACACUGGCUUAGAAACAAAUUCUAUAAAUGUCUGAAAGCAAAUUUUAACAACUUCUACUUGAUCUAAUGACGACUUCCUACACUGUAUCACAUACUACAACCAAUUGCUGAGCUUAGACUAAGCAAUGACUCAUUCUGUGUUCAUUUUGUGUUCACCUGUUUUCAUUUAUAGAGGCUAAAGGUACCAAAUAAAAGUUAAGUGCGAAUAUGAAUAAGCAAUGAAUUAAUCCUUCAGUGUGGGGCGACAUGCUGUAUACAAGACCCGAAAAAUGUUAUUUCUGUCAUGGCAGGAUACAUUCUACACGCUCAUAGCAGUGCAUGUUUAUACCACUCUCGUGUGUCUGCCAGUGCGCACAUUUCGUGUCUGAAACGAGGCAUUGAAUUUUGAAGUAAUUUGGCAUUGAGGGGCUAAACUAAAGCUUGUAAGGGAAAUAUAAUUUCAAUUUCAGAUAAUCUACACAUUAUCAGUACAAACAGUCAAUCCAGAUUUAUGGCAACAAGGAGAAUUCUGCCUGAAAUUGAAUCCUGCUUGUCUACCCUUCACCUGUCACUUUACCAACUGAGCUUAUUCAUAGGUAAAAGUUUUAUAAAUACCAAAGGAUUCUUCUGAAUCAGGUAAAGGCACACACAGCAAUCCCCAUGAGAAGAUGCAGAAAAUCCUUAAAUAAAAACUAUACAGUACAAGAGCGAACCCACACUGAAGGGUCAGUAAGAGAGAGGUUCAGUUUUCUAUAAAUCUGUAUCUGUAAUAGGGCUAAAAUAUUUCUGAGCAAUUUUUAUAAUACAAAGUCACAAUUAAAAAAAUAAACUCACACAGAAUUUUGCAUUUGAAAUGAGUGUUUGCAAUAAGGAGUGAAAUGAAAAUGCAUAAUGUCUAAAUUAUGAUGUGUUUGUUGAAUUUUGCAAUUUGUAUUAUGUUUUUACACAUUUUGUAAAUGUAAACUGUUCAACAGUUCCUGAAAAAAAUCCAUAAAAAAUAUCCUGUAACAUUAUUUUGAAACAUACAAAUAAAUAACAAUAGGAAAGUUAA